UCAGAGAAGAAAGAAAAAAAAAAUCAGUCUAUCGCCAUGAUUCACACAGAAACAUCUGUCAUACGCUAAUAACAGUUUUAUUGAGCUUUGUAUUCGUGAGAGUGGAAACCCACAUGUGUUUUGUCAAUUAGGCACUGAGGGUAGAGUUUGCAGUGGAUGGUUGGAGCGCGGGACGGCGAUUUUACAAGUGUCUUUUAAUACAAUAAAAGUGGCACGAAAUGCACCAUGGAGGAGGCCCACCAAAUGUGCAGAGGAACCUUCAGAGAACAAAGUCCUUCACUGGAUCUGAGGCAGAAGAACAGCAGACACCACAGCAGUCCCAACAACAGCAGCAGCAGCCCAUGCCGGUUACCCAGCAACAGCCAGCCAAUCACCCCCAGUCACCGGUGACAUCUUUUGCUCCAUCUGCAAGUCCCUCUGCGCCACAGUCUCCCAAUUAUCAAAUCAUCAUGAGUCGGAGUCCGGUCACAGGUCAGAACAUGAACAUCACUUUACAGAACGUGGGACCAAUGGUUCCAGGGAACCAGCAGAUCACCCUCGCCUCCCUGCCUCUCCAGAGCCCGGCGUCCCCUGGCUUUCAGCAUCAGCCCCAGCAGUGGAGGUUCGAGCCUGGCUCUUCGUCUUACAUCCAGGUGACAUCACCCUUGUCCCAAUCCCUACAGCCUCAAAGUCCCACCCAGCACAGUCCGGUCCCCAUACAGGCUGUGCCCAGGCCGAAUGCUCCUGGGUCGGCCCUGGGAGUGUGCGGUCAAAGCCCGACGCGGUUUGUGGAUGCAGGUAUUAUGGUUAGGCAGCUCAACUUGGGCAGCCCACCAGCCCAUUUUGUGUACCAGGAUGGAGCAGGAUUGGCUCAGCUGACUCCGACUACAGCAGGAGCCGUUCAGCUGACCUCACCUGGGACUCCGGGGGCCAUCAGAGAAAGACGCCUGUCCCAGCCACACUCUCAAACCGGGGGCACUAUACACCAUUUGGGCCCGCAGAGCCCGGUUGCGGCAGGGGCUGCUCUCCCGACGUUAGGCAGCCCUGGGCAUAUCACCACCUCCAAUCUGCCUCCUCAGAUCAGUAGCAUCAUCCAAGGCCAGUUAGCACGACCCAUGAUUUUUGAGAAGACUGCGCAAGGCGUUGUGGGAGCAUCUGCGGCGCCCUCUUUCGGGGUCCCAUCCGCCAUCCCUCCCUCCAGCCCAUCCAGGAGCAACCCUCCCCAGGGCCUUGCCAGCCAGUCCAUGACCCCCACCAGCAUGAAGAAGAUGCAGCCGAAGAAGCUGGAAGAGAUUGCGCCCUCAAACCCAGAGGUGGCACAGUUGAGGAAGCAGUGUCUGGAGCAUCAUGGGAAGAAAAUGGAGAGUCUGAAGGAGGUGUUUAAGGAGUACCUGAUUGAGCUCUUUUUCCUGCAGCAUCUGCAAGGGAACAUGAUGGACUACAUUGCCUUCAAGAAAAAGCCUUGUGUGCCUCUCUUCACCUACCUGAGGCAAAACGAUCUUGACCUUGAAGAUGAAGAGGAGGAGGAAGAGCAGUCCGAGGUCAUUAAUGAUGAGGUGAAAGUAGUGACUGGAAAGGAUGGACAGACGGUGACUCCUGUUGCUAUAGCUACACAACUCCCACCCAACGUGUCUGCAGCGUUCUCCGUUCAGCAGCAGUUCCAGACUCAUGUCGGGGUGGCAGGUGGCAGCCUCUCUAACCCCCUGGACAUGGAGGCUUUCAAACGGCAGCAGGCCAUGGCACAAGCAGAUCAGGCUAAGAGGUCCCGGAUGGAAGUGGGUCGGCAUGGGAUGAUAUUCCAACACCCCGCCGUAACUGCUUUAGGAUCUCCCGGCGUUCCCCUCCAGCAGCUCAUGCCGACAGCGCAAGGAGGCAUGCCCCCCACCCCACAAACAGUCCAGAUUGGUGGGCAGAAACAGAACCAGCAGCAGUAUGACCCAUCCAAAGGUCCCCCGGUCCAGAACGCCGCCAGCCUUCACACGCCACCCCCGCAGCUUCCAGGCCGCCUACCCCAGGGUGGGAUCCCCAUGGCGGGUCUGCCUCUCUCCCUGUCCCAGGGUCAGGCCAUGUUGGUGGACCAGCAGGCUCCGAUGUCUGGAGGUCAGCUCCAGGUGAAGGUUCAGGGUACUGGGGCCGUGCUGGCUCCAGUUAACCCACAUGCACAGCUGCAGGCACAGCUUCAGCAGAUGCAGUCAGGACUCCACCUCCAGAUGCAACAGCAGAUGCAGCAGUCGGUCAUGCAGCCUGGACAGGCAACUGUGACGCUUGUUCGUCCGGGAUCAGAUUCCUCCCAGCCUGCCCAGCGUUUGAUGUCUAACUCUCUCUCCAACGCUGCCAUGUCUCCUGCUCCUCUCACAUCCCCGUCCUCUCUACCCUCCCCGCACCCUUCUGUCCCGGUCCGCACCCCCUGUACUGGCCCCAGCCUCUCCUCUGUUGCCCAGUCCAAACUCGCUUCCACGAAUGGCACCACCGGGCUCAAAAUGUCUGGGCUGGGUCAGAAUCCGGUCGGGCAGAACUCACAGGAAAGCUCUCAGGACAAGCAAGCAGAACAAGCCAAGUUGGAGAGUCACGUGCACCAGCGCAUUUCAGAGCUCCGUAAAGAGGGCCAGUGGUCAGCUAGCCGCUUACCCAAGCUGCAGGAGGCCUGCAGGCCCAAAUCCCACUGGGACUACCUCCUGGAGGAGAUGCAGUGGAUGGCGGCUGACUUUGCCCAGGAAAGGCGCUGGAAGAUUGCUGCUGCCAAGAAGCUUGUUCGCACAUGUUCACGUUACCAUGACGAACAGAAGAAGAUGGAGGAACGCGAGAAGAGAGAGGAGGAGAUGAGGCUGCGGCACAUUGCCAGCACCAUCGCCCGUGGGGUUGACUACUUCUGGUCCAACAUCGAACAGGUUGUGGAAAUCAAGCUGCGUUUUGAGAUCUAUGACAAACAGCAAAAAGUUCUCGGCCUGCAGAAGGCUGCAAGUAAAGGUCAUUGUGCUAAACCGGCCCAGUCAUCCGGAGAGAAAUCCGAUAAAGAGAGUAAAGGGCAGGAGACUGGCCCAUCCCGCAAGAGAAAGUCAAGCACCUCGCUGUCAGAUGUAGAGGUUGAAGAUGAGGAAAGUACAAUAGAAGAGCAGGAGGCUACGGAGGGCACGGCUGAUCAGAAAGCCGAGCUGGCCGAUCUAACAAAAGAAGCUGAAGUGCCAUUGGAUGAUCUGGUGAAGCAGUACGCUGGUGCUUACGCUGAGGGCUUUGAGUGGCCGCAGCCUUCCAUCCAGAGCGAGGAUGAAGACAGAGAGGAAGCUGAUGACAUGAAUUCUCCAUUGAACAGUCCACAUGAUGCAGUGCUAAUAGACUCUUUGCUGAGUAUGGAUCAGUACCGUGGGGCUGAGCGGAUGGCUUCUGGCUCUGAUGGGAAGCCCACAAAGGAUAUCGCUGAGGUUGCUGCAGCAACAGACCUGAUUCUGCCCAAAGGCAGCGCCAGGACCACUCUAACUAGUCGUUCCUCUCCUCCUGCUCUGCUGCACGGCUCUCUGAGAGAGUACCAGCAGGUCGGGGUGGAGUGGCUGGCAAACCUCUACCGCAAAAACCUCAACGGCAUCCUGGCAGAUGAAACCGGCCUCGGCAAAACUGUACAGACUGUGGCUUACUUCGCUCACUUGGCCUGCAACCAGGGUAUCUGGGGGCCUCAUUUGGUGGUGGUGAGGACCUGUAAGCUGCUGAACUGGGAAAUGGAGUUCAAACGCUGGUGUCCUGGACUGAAGAUACUCCUGUACCUCGGCAGCCGAAGGCAGCGCAGAUACAAGAGAUUGAGGUGGUGUGAGCCCAACAGCUUCCACGUGUGUGUGACAUCAUACAAGCUUCUGCUGAAAGAUCAGUCUCACUUUAUGAGGAGGCGAUGGAGGCACCUGGUGCUGGACGAGGUGCAGCUCAUUAAGAAUAUGACUGAGAAACACUGGGAGACCAUCUUCAACAUAAAGAGUCAGCAGAGGAUCCUCUUAAUCAACACACCUCUGCAGAACACUCUAAAAGAGUUAUGGACCAUGAUCCACUUCCUCCUGCCUGGAAUCACUCACCCAUACCUCAGCUUCCCCAUCAAACCUGGCACCGAUCAGAACCAGGACUACUGCCACAAACUGGUCAUCAGACUGCACAGGAUGAUUCAGCCCUUCAUCCUGCGUCGUUCCAAGAGAGAUGUAGAGAAGCAAAUGCCCAAGAAGUACGAGCACAUUCUCAAGUGCCGUCUGUCUAAGAGGCAAAAGAGCAUGUACGAGGACAUCCUUAUCCAGCCCAGUGCACAGGAGGCUCUAAAGACAGGACAUUUUGUCAGAGUCCUGGAAGUUCUUAUGCAGCUGCAGAAGAUCUGCAACCAUCCAGACCUGAUCCAACCCAGAGACACACAUAACUCUUACAUAUGUCAGCCACUUCAGUACAACACCCCAUCAUUACUGCUCACCGCACUGAAGCAGGACCAGUGGAAAACUGUAGAUAUGUCACCGUUUGACCUGAUUAGUAACGAGGGCAAGUUGACUCGUUAUGAGGCAGAGGAGACUCUGCCAAAACUCAGAAUGACCAAACAGCUGAUCGAAGAGAUCUACAGUGCACGUGACCCACCAGCACGACCCAGACCAUGCAAGAUCAAACCUAUGAGGUUGUUCCAGCCAGUGCAGUAUGGGACUAAACCAGAGGGGCGUCUUGUUCCCAUGACUAGCAGCACCACUCAAGCCCCUCGUGCCACUGCUGUGACUACUGCCCCCACCACCACUACCAACCCUGUUACUGCUGCGCCUAGCACACAACCCAGGGGCAAAUCACCUCUUACCACAACCACUUCCGCACAGGCCUCCGCAAUCAAAAGCUCAACAGGACCACUCUUAUCAGGAGCCACCCCUAACCCCCCCUCUACCUCUGGGGCUAUGGGUGUGACCGGGGUCACUGCUAUGCCUGCUGUGACCCCUCACGCCCCUGCCGCCCACCCCCUCCAGCCCAGUUUGGUAACCCAGAGGCUGGUGCUCAGCUCCCAGGCCCAGGCACGCUUGCCUAAAGGUGGAGAUGUGGUGAAGGUUGCUCAGUUAGUUGGACAGGGGCGCAUCACCCAGCCAGAGACCCCUGUGACCCUGCAGUUCCAGGGAAACAAGUUCACCUUGUCCCCAAGUCAGCUGCGGCAGCUCACCACCGGCCAGCCUCUGCAGCUCCAAGGUACACUCGGCAACAUCCUGCAGAUUGUGUCAGCCCCCGGACAGCCUCUUCUCAGGCCACAGGGACCACCUAUGGUGAUGCCUACCGUGCCCCAGGCUGUGCCUGUCCAGAACUCCUCAGGCACGCCACCCCCUGCCACCUCCACACCACAAGCAACCACAGUCACUCCAGCUAGCACAGACACGGAAACCAACGCUAAACACUCAGCUAAUGCCACAACACAGGAGUCAAGUGAGGAAAGAAACAGGCAGCUGAAAGAGCGACUGGCUAGUUUAUUACAUGCAAACGAACGGCGGUCCUCGCGCUCUGUGCUGUAUGGCUCAGACUUAAUCAAAACCUGCUCCAUUUAUGAAGGACGCCCUCCACCGGCCUUCCCCGCUCCCCAGCACUCCCGCUGGUCCUGGGUUGGCAGAGACAGUUGCAUCAGGGCUCAGCAGACAUGCGUGUCCACAGUGGCUCCACUCCGCUCAGCGAUUCUCUCCAACACGGAGCAGGAGGAAGCAGCAUGCAUCUUGUUGAAGAGGUUCUCCUGCAUACUUCCCGCUGCUGUGGCCCCUCCCCCUCAGCUGUAUGCGUCCAAUCCUCCACCAUUUUACAGUAUAGCACAAAAAUCAUUCAGGCGCAAGCUACAGGAAGUGUCUGCUCCGCACAACGCAGAGAUCCGGAACUUAGCCUGUCCUCCUGUCACCAGCUUCCCUGAUAUACACAUGCUUGAGAUGGAUUCAGGAAAACUAGAAGCGCUGUCCAUCCUGCUGCAGAAGCUGAGCGUCGAGAACAAACGAGUUCUGAUAUUCACCCAGAUGGCUAGCAUGCUAGACCUACUGGAGGCCUUCUUAGACCACCAUCACCUCACCUACGUACGGCUGGAUGAGAGUCUGUCACUGGAGGAGAGACGGGUGCAGGUCAAAAGGUUUAACCGCAACAGACAGAUCUUCUGCACCAUCCUGACCAAUCGCUGCUGCUCGGCCAUGGGUCACGUGUUUGACGCAGAUACAAUUGUGUUUUACGACACAGACCUAAAUCCCAGCAUGGAUAUGCGCACGCAGGAGUGGUGUGACAAGAUCGGUCGCUCCAAAGACAUCCACAUCUACAGGUUGGAGAGCGGGAACUCCAUUGAGGAGAAGCUCUUGAAGAAUGGCACUAAAGACCUUAUACGAGAGGUAGCUGCACAGGGGAUGGACUACACUCUGGCCUUUUUAACACAGCGCACCAUUCAGGAUCUUUUUGAGGUAGAGGCCGGCUCUGGAGAAAAAGUGGAAGAGUUUGUGGUCCUCCACCAGGAGCCCUCCCCCUCUGAAUCCAUCCCCCCUCACGUGGCCAGACCCUACAUCCUGGCCCUGAAUACCAUCCGACUGGACACCCAAUAUGAAGAUGAGGAGGAAAAGACGGAGGUAAACAGAGAUGUGAAAAGUGAUAAAGAGGAAGUGGGAGGACAGAAAGAGAUUGAUGUGGAGGAGGGGAUGAGAGAGGAGACGUCACAGUUAGAGGAGCUGGCGGCAGUGAUGGAGCAGCUGACUCCUAUUGAGAGAUACGCACUGCACUAUCUGGAGUAUCUGCACAUCAGCGAGGAUGAACGGGUUAUAAAGGAGCGCAUAGAGGCUGCUAAAAGAGGCUGGGAGCUGCAGCAGCAACAGAAAGUGAAGGUGGAGAAAGAGGAACAAAUGAUCCUAGAAGAUGAGGAGGAUCUGUUCACCUACACCAGAGAGGACGCAUACAACAUGGAGUAUGUGUUCGAGAAUGAAGAUGGACAGACGGAAUUAAUGCCGCUGUGGACUCCCCCAACCCCUCCGCAGGAUGAUAAUGAUAUCUACAUUGACUCUGUAAUCUGCCUCAUGUAUGACACUGCGCCCAUGCCUGAGUCCAAACUGCCCCCGGUCUACGUUCGCAAAGAGCGCAAGAGACACAUGGACCCAUCAGCUCUGGGGCGUAAGAAAAAGAAGGGCCAUGGAGAAUCAGUGAUUCCUCCGCGCUCUCUCUUUGACAAGGCCAGUCUGCUCAAAGUAAGGCGGGAAGGCAAAGAUCAGAAAAAGAACUUCUCUCUGAAGCAACAGGCUCCCUUCGCCAAACCGCUGCCCUCACUGCUCAAACCAGCCAUGGAGGCUGGACAGGACAACCCUGAGUGGCUCAUCAGUGAAGACUGGGCCCUGCUGCAGGCUGUAAAGCAAUUAUUGGAACUUCCUCUGAACCUGACCAUCGUGUCUCCAGCUCACACUCCUAACUGGGACCUGGUGAGCGAUGUGGUCAACUCCUGCAGCAGGAUUUACCGCUCGCCAAAGCAAUGCCGUAGCCGCUACGAAAACGUCAUCAUUCCAAGAGAGGAGGGCAAGCUAAUAUAUGAAGCCAACCCUAAGAAGAACAAGACCAAGAGCAUUUAUAAGUCCAAGAACAGUCGUCCUCUGCGCACAUGUCAGAUCUACACACAGGAUGACAACGCUACACAGAUCCAGUUGUACAACAGCCGUUUUGAGCUAAUGAAAAUCAUCGCUAGCAAGAGGAGCCCACCCAUAAAACCACUACUCGGCAUGAAUCCAUUCCAGAAGAACCCCAAGCAUGCCUCUGUGCUGGCUGAGAGCGGUAUAAGCUACGACAAGCCUCUGCCUCCUAUCCAGGUUGCCUCACAGAGAGCUGAGAGAAUCGCAAAAGAGAAGAAGGCACUAGCCGAACAGCAGAGGGCUCAGCAGUUAGCCCAGCAACAACAGCAGCAGACUACAGGAGCCGCCCAGCCUCAGGGAGCUGCCGCACAGACUCAAGCCCAGCCACAGGCCACUGCUGCAGGCACACAGGCCACCGGAGUACCUCAGCCCAACCAACCCGGAGCGGCAGCAGUCCCCAACACCGCUGUACUGACUGGAGCUAUCAAGACCACUGCAGUGGGCACAAGCAUCCAACCAGCGACGGCUACAGUGGGUGGGAAUGUGAUUGUAAACACUGUGGCUGGAGUUCCUCCCGGUCAGUUCCAGGCGAAUAAACGUCUGGCAUCUCCAGUCAUACCUGGAGCCCUGUCUACGGCAGGAACGGCCACAGCUCAGGUGGUUCACACUCAGCAGAGAACAGUGCCUACAACAGCUGCCCCAGCAGAGGUCGUUACCAUAGCGACGGGUCAGAGCGUGAGAGCCGUUACCCCAGUGACCGCAUCAGCUGUGGUGUCCACCAAUCUGACUCCGGGUCAGUCCCAAACACGCACGCUGGUGGCUCCAGCUCCAGGUAUGCAGUUGUCUCAGGGUAAGCAACUCACUCAAGCUCAAUUCCAGCUCCUCCGACAGCAACAGUUACAUCAGCAGCAGCAACAACAACCACAGGCGACAUCUCCACAGAUCAAAGCAGUGGGAAAGCCUCAGCAGGAGUUGCUGAAGAAGCAGAAGCUGCAGAUGGCGGCGGUAGCUCAAGGUCAGCAGGCUGCAUCGACUCAGCAGCCGCAGCAGGUUCACACCACACCCGCGGCUACAGGCAACCCUCAGAUAGCUGCAGUCGCUGCACCCAGACCGGGAGCUGUGCUCACUGGAACUACUGUCACCAACUUACAGGUGACCAGACUGACACGUGUCCAAGCCCCAGGAACCAUUCAAGCUCAGCAGGGUCAACCACAGGUGACUCUGACCAAACCACCUCCUGUAGUCUCAGUUCCUGCUGUGGUCUCCUCCGCCGGAGUCACGACCCUUCCUGUCACUGUGGCCGGCAUUAGUGUUGCCAUCGGACAGACGCAGAAAACAGCUAAUCUCAAGAUCAAAGACCGCAAUAGGAGAAAGAGCAGCAUCAGCACUGGUGGUCAGGUGGUAACCCACCCGUUCCAGGUGCAGCAAGUUCAGCAGCUUUUGCACAGACAAAAGCAGCAGGCCGCUGCACAAGCUGCCGUCCAGAAGGCAGCCCAGCCACAGCAAACACAGGCUGCUGUGCAGCAAAAGGCUGCUCAAACCACAGCCCAACAGCAGCAGAAAGUGACAUAUGCCGCCACCACUCAACUGCAGCCCGGCAUUAAGACCCAGUUCUUCACCACCUCAAUCGCACAGCCUCAGAAACCUGCGACAGCUCAGCAGAUACAGGUCGCUAAGCUUCCUCAAAUAGUUCAGCAGCAGAUAGUAUCGUCACCUCAACAGAUUCAGCCUCAGACGGUGGCCCUUACACAGGCGGCACCCGCUGCAGGUUCGGGACAGGCCCAGGUGCAGGUCAUCCCCGCGGCCACAGCCACGCAGGUGGUGCAACAGAAGCUCCUCCAGCAGCAGGUUGUUACGGCAGCAGCCGUCUCGCCUCAAAUCCAGACCCCACCACCACACAGCCCCGCCCAGCAGCAGAGCGCCACGACCCCCGCCUCCGAGACUCCAGCGCAGCAGGCCGCUGCCACCCCCCAGCCCCAGCAGGGCAAAGGAAACACCCGCACUGGGGUCGCCAUGCGCUCCAAAACCCCCGCCAAACCCAGCGGUGGCAGCUAGAGGGUUGUAGGAGGAGAAAGUACCUGGGCACAACAUAGGGCUCUGAAUUUUUUUUCCAUUUGUUUUGGGAAAACUGACUCUUUGUAAAAAAAAAAAAAA